AUGUCUACAAUAGCUAUCUACACUGUCUUCAGUAUGUACAGGUACCUACACUCUAUCUACACUGUCUACAGUAUUUACAGCUAUCUACACUGUCUACAGUAUGUAAAGCUAUCUACAGUGUCUACAGUACUAUGUACAGCUACCUACACUGUCUACAUUAUGUACAGCUAUCUACACUCUAUCUACACUGUUUACAGUAUGUACAGCUAU